GCUCCGCUCGCUCUUCUGUCUAUACUGUCAACGCUUACAAAAAGAGCAACCCGAGGAAGUUUCCUGCCUCCCUUCCUCCUUCUGUAAAACCCUUUUACUUUGCUCUCUCUGCUGUUGCUUUCCCUUUUGUUUUGUUUUUGGGCUGUUUCAACUUGUCCCUCUUUAAAUCCCCCGGAGCCCCACUCAGCUUCACUUAACGCUCUUGCACCCCGCAGUCUCUUACACUCUCAAGGCUUCCCCUUCAGCUUCCUUACACCAGUUAGUUUUCUGAAAUAAUCUGCCAAUGGAGAAUGCUAAUGGCUGGACUUCAAGGCCAUCUAGAAAGAGGAAGUUGCCUCGGGAAGGCAAAGAUAUGUUGAACUUCUCCUUGGAUGAGCUCAAUGAAGACCUCCUAGAAAGGGUCCUUUCAUGGUUACCGACCUCAACGUUCUUUCGCCUCAGUUCAGUGUGCAAGAGAUGGAAAUCAUUUGCAGCUUCUGAAAGUUUUAAGCUGGCAUGCUCUCGGAUUCCUUCACGGGAGCCUUGGUUUUUCAUGGUGGAUCCCAAUCUUAAUCAAUCCGUUGUCUUUGACUCUACUGAAAAAGCUUGGAAAAAACUCAAUCAUCCGCCUCUCCUCUUGCGAAACUGUAACUGUGACUCCAUUCCAGUUGCAGCAUCUGGUGGUCUUGUCUGUUUCCGCAAUAUGUCCGGCGAUUACCUUGUAUGCAAUCCUGUGACAGGAUCUUGUCGCGAACUCCCUCCAGUGGAUCCAGACUCUCAAGAUCGAUCUCUUCAUGCUAUUGCAAUGAAUGCAUAUUCCAACUACCAUGGCUCAUACAAGCUUGUCUUAGUCUCUGGUGAUCUUCCAAAGCUUUCAUUCAAAGUUUAUAACUCAAGUGCUGAUUGCUGGGAAGAAGAGAUUAUGUUGAGGAGAAAAGCUGAUGAUUGUACAGAAUUCGACUCAACCGAUGAUGAUGCUGUGUACUUCCUUAGUAAUGCUGGAACUGUAGUGGCAACUAACACGCAAAGAAGCCCAUCCAAGCAGUAUUCAUCAGUCAUUACUCUUAAAGAUGGUGAGGAGAUUGUUUAUUUCCUCAGCUCCUCAGGGACAGUUGUGGCUUGCAAUCUGACCGGCGAGUAUUUCUCUGAAUAUCCCAGACUGUUGCCCGUCUUUUCUGAGUACUCCAUUGAUGUGGUAGAGUGUAGAGGAGAGAUGUUGGUUGUUGUGUUAUCAGAAUUUUUUGAAAGUGCUAGCCUUAGGGUGUGGAGGUUUGAUGAGAAAACCAAGUCUUGGAAUCAGAUUGCAGCAAUGCCUCCUCCGAUGUCACACGAGUUUUAUGGCAAGAAGGUGGACAUAAACUGUGUUGGGGCUGGUGAUCAGAUAUUUAUCUGCUUAAGCUCUGCUGAGCUUUGCAGUUAUGUUCUCUGUGAUUUGGUGGCUAAUGACUGGGUUGAACUACCCAAAUGUUCUAUGAACGGUGAAGCCCUGGAGUUCAUGUCUGCCUUUUCAUUCGAGCCAAGGAUUGAAGCUUCUGUAUGAAAAACAAGUUGUGAAGCGAGCUAUGUUUAGAAGGAUUGAGAAUGCCGUCUGUGAUUCCUCCUUUUAUUCUUUUCAAAUAUUUUUUGCUCAUUUUUCUUUGCUUCUUUUAUUUUGUUUUUUCCUGUAUUCUUUUGGUAUUGAUUUGUUUAAGCAAAUUAGCCACAGAUGUUGGCACAAUCAUAUUGCUGUUAUUGCAAUGGAAUUUGCUGGAUGUAUUAUUGAGAUAAUUCUAUUAGACUAUUGGUUGACAUAUACAGAACGUAUGGUCUUUUACAACAACUUUAA